AUGAUGGUUUCACCACCUGCCGAUAAAGUUGCCCGUUCAGCACUGUCGUCACUGAUCCACGGAAUGUCUGAAAUCAAACAAGCAUUACUGUCGCGUUAUGUCAAGAGAAACGGAAGGUCAGCAUCGAUUUCAUUGCUAUAUCCACAUAUCAAAGCUAACUAUGAAUGUAUCUAUGUUUGUCAACUUCCAUUCCUUGACGAUUUGAAACAAUAUCAAUUCUCACCGAUCGUACCAACCAACGCAGCAACAAGAAAACCAUUCAUUCCAACAGCGGAACAAGUCGAUGCUGCACGAGCACUGAUCGAUUCGAUGGAUUUGAUGACAGCUGAGGAAGAGAUAAAGAUCACCAAAAGAUAG